AUGUCCCAUAAGCAGGACCACUUCUCUUUUUCGGGAGAAGCUGAAAAGGACAAAGGUGAAGCGGCGGCCAGCUCUGCGGGGCUAGCCAGGGUCCAGACUUCCACAAGCAGAGCCGCCCCGAGGCAACCCAGGUGGGGAGCUGGGUUACCUGUCCUUUGCUCUGGCAGGUACUACAUGGGGGACACCACGGACGUCCUGUUCGAGAAGUGGUUCUACUGCAAGGACCUUGGCACACAGUUGGCCCCCAUCAUCCAGGAGUUCUUCAGCUCUGAGCAGCACAAAACAGGAAAGCCCAUCCCUGACCAGCUGCUCCAGGAACCGCCAUUCCCCCUGAGCACACGAUCUGUCAUGGAGCCCAUGUCCCUGGAGGCCUGGCUGGAUGGCCACCGCAGACAGCUGCAGGCAGGCACACCCCUCAGCCUGUUUGGGGACACCUAUGAGACACAGGUGAUCGUCCGUGGACAAGGCAGCAACGAAGGCCCGAGACAGGACGUGGAUGUGUGGCUGUGGCAGUUGGAGGGCUCCUCUGUGGUGACGAUGGGGGAACAGCACCUGAGCCUGGCCCCGGAUGACAGCCUUCUGGUGCCAGCCGGGAACGCGUACACCUGGGAGCGAGGGCAGGGCUCUGUGGCCUUGGCUGUGACCCAGGACCCCGCCCGCAAGAAGCCCCUGGGCUGAUCCUCUGGGUGCGGCCCCGAAGCAGUGCCUCCCUCCCCCACAUAACUCCCCUGCCCGCUGUGCUUCUGGAUGUACCGCUGCUGAGCCACUCUGUGUCCCCGGAGCUGGGCCCUGGACAUCACCAUCCACCCUCCUCCUGUCCUCUCGGCCGAGAUGCCAGGCUCUUGGGGGGAUGGUGGUGCCCCUUCUCCUCUAACAGCCCUCCGCCCACUGCCCUGCACGGUCUGCUCCUUGAUGGAGGCCGGACUACCUCUCCAUCCCUCUGUCCCCACAGGCCCAGGGCAGCACUUGCCUGCUACCCAGAGGGCCCUCAGUAAAGGCUUCCUCGUGGACAAA